GACACUGCGGGUUCAGUUUCAGGCCACUGCAGUGAAGCAAGUCUUACAAGAAAGAGAGUCACAGUCUUUUUGCUAGUGGAAGGCGUUGCCUUCCUUUUGUUGAAAACGCAGCACCUACGAACCUCAGUAAACCGAAGAGCAAUAAAACAAGAUUCUCAGCCUGGCCGUUGAGAUGAUGGGACUGGGAAACGGGCGUCGGACCAUGAAGUCACCGCCCUUUGUGCUGGCUGCCUUGGUGGCCUGUAACAUUGUCUUGGGCUUCAACUACUGGAUUGCGAGCUCCCGGAGCGUGGACCUCCAGACACAGAUCAUGGAGCUGGAAGGCAGGGUCCGCAGGGCGGCCGCCGAGAGAGGAGCCGUGGAGCUGAAAAAGAACGAGUUCCAGGGAGAGCUGGAGAAGCAGCGGGAACAGCUCGACAAAAUCCAGUCCAGCCACAACUUUCAGAUGGAGAGCGUCAACAAGUUACACCAGGAUGAGAAGGCGGUUUUGGUGAAUAAUAUCACCACAGGCGAGAGGCUCAUCAGAACCCUGCAAGACCAGUUAAAGGCCCUGCAGAAGAAUCACGGCAAGCUGCGGCAGGACGUCCUCCAGUUUCAGAAGAACCAGACCCACCUGGAGAGGAAGUUCUCCUAUGACCUGAGCCAGUGCAUCAAUCAGAUGAAAGAGGUGAAGGAGCAGUGUGAGGAGCAGAUAGAAGAAGUCACCAAGAAGGGGAACGAAGCUGUGGCUUCCAGAGACCUGAGUAAAAAAAAGGAACAAAGCCAGCAGCUCCGAGCAUCCAGUGAACCUCAGCCCAGGCUGCAGGAAGCAGGCCUGCCCCAGGCGGAGGGAACACAAGCCAAGGGAAAUAUGCCCAGUAACCACACGCCCCAGACUCCAGCCCCCAGUUCUGAGGUGGCUUUGGAUUUGAGGAGAGAGAGUGAGAAAGAGGAAACCAAUAACAUUCAGGUCGGCAGCGAGGAGGAGCUGCGGAGGGACAGCCUGGGGCCGCGCCGGGAGCCACACCCAGAGCAGGCUGUGGAAGCAGACAGACCUGCGGGCGGAAGAGCAAUGGGUGAUGCUGGAGACCUUGGCCCAACCCCCCAGGUGCCAGCCGCCCUGUUGGUGAGCCAGGAAAAUCAGGAGGUGGAGGAGCCUGAGCGGGACCAGCUUGUGGUCUGGGACGGGCAGGAGGAGCCAGGAGCCAGCGAGGAAGGGAGAAACCAGCGAAAAAUGGGAGAUGAUGACUACAACACGGAUGAAAAUGAGGCAGAAUCGGAGACAGACAAGCAGGCAGCCCUUGCAGGGAACGACAGAAACGUGAACGUUCUUAAUGCUGAAAAUCAGAAGAGAGACAAUAAAUUUACUUGAUGAGCAUGAAAAGAGGAAUCACAUACUCUGAAUCAAACUGGAAUCACAUACUUCUGUGUCAGGAUUGAACAGCGAUAACCACAGAAUAUUCACAAGGAAUUGAAUACUGUGAUAUGUACUAAGUCAAAUAUACAUCUGAAGAUGAUGACUGUGGAAUUUUAGCAUGUACUUUAUGUAGGAAAAUGAGAUUGUCUUUUAGAUGUUUUUUGGGGGUUACUUUUGAAGCAUCCCUAUUAAAGAUGUUAAACUUUGUUGGGUAAUAGGUAUUUCAUGAGAAGAUCAACACCAAAAAUAGAACACAAAUUCUCAAAGUAUACUGACAGUGGCACUUCUUACUUUAGGAUCUGCAUUUAAAAUAAAAGCAAGCCUGUAGGAAGAAUCCAUCUUCUGAUGCAAAGGAAAGGUUCUGCUGCACUUAGAGAACUCCUUCUCUUCAGUUCCUCCUGAGUCGUUCUCUUCUCCAAACACUGUGGCGAGUGAGGGCACCAGCCUGUCAUUUCUGUUCUUCCUGGUGAGCACUGGAUUACUGGUUUAUGCUCUCGCAUGUCCAUUUCCGGUUCCCGCACUCAGUGGCUUGGAGCACCGACUGUUUACACAAACACCACUAACAGUAUAAAUACCCAGGUGUUUGGUGGGAGCAUUUUUAAAGAGACUACGUGUAUAAUAGCCCUUGUCAUAAAUGUUA